AAAACCUGCACAUCGUGGUUUUUGGAUGCCUUCAACCACGCACUGCACCUGAACUUAGAUGUGCUGAAUCUCAGUAUCGGUGGACCCGAUUUUUUGGACGCGCCUUUUGUCGACAAGAUUCAUCAACUCACGGCACAGGGGGUGGUAGUGAUAUCAGCAGUGGGCAAUAAAGGGCCUGUAUAUGGGUAA